AUGUUUUCGUCAGGUGCUAACUAUUCGAAAUUGAAAACAAAUCUUAGAUUAGCUAUUAAUAGAUUGAAACUACUCGAAAAGAAGAAAACCGAACUUGCUCAAAAAGCUAGGAAAGAAAUUGCUGAUUACAUUACUGAAGGAAAGUAUGAAAGAGCUAAAAUUAGAGUGGAACAUAUCAUAAGGGAAGAUUACAUGGUUGAAGCUAUGGAAUUGGUUGAAAUGUAUUGCGAUCUUUUACUGUCACGGUUUGGUUUACUUCAAGAAAUUAAGGGUUUGGAUCCGAGCAUUGCUGAAGCUGUUUCCAGCCUUUUGUGGGUUGCUCCUCGGCUGGCGACUGAAGUUGAAGAACUUAAAAUUAUUUCUGACCAGUUGACAUUGAAGUUUGGAAAGAAAUAUACAGAAGAAUGUAGAUCAAGUUCAGUUGAUGCUAUAUCAGAAAAAUUGAAACAUAAGCUCACAAUUCAAGCUCCACCUAAAAUUUUGAUCGAGAAAUAUUUGAUUGAGAUUGCUAAAAUAUUUAAUAUUUCUUAUGAACCUGACCCACAGGUGAUGAGAGAAUAUGAGCAGUCAAAGGGUAUGGAUGCAUUACUAUUUGAUUCGAACGGAGGAGCAUCAAACAAUUUAGGUGGGCCACCAAGACCUCCAGGUUUUAUCGGUUACCCCCAGCAACCCAUUGUUUCAGAUUUCCAACCUUUUAAUUAUCCUGCGUUAAAUAAUACAGUUAUACCUGCAGUGCCUGCUAUCAACGCUUUGGAAGAAAUUUCAGAAACAAAGACACCUGGAGGACCACCUCCGUUUGCAUAUAACAUACCACCUACGUUUGUUAACCAUGAUGUACCACCUCCUUACGAUGCUAAAACCAUUAAUACUUAUGUUCCCCCGCCUUACGGAGCCCAGCCAGACUCUAAUAAACAGGUGAAUGAUCAACCGAAGCCUAUGCCUCGAUCAAAAAUGUCGCCUGACAUUUCCAUUCCUGAAUUACCUUCUGUCCCAAGUGAUAACCUCCUCCCCGAACCAAGUAAUACUUCUGAUGGAGAGGACGACUUCAACGACAUAGCUCGGAGAUUUGAAGAAUUAAAGAGAAGGAAGUGAUUAAUUAAUUUACUUGUGAUGAAGCAAUGCUUUAUAUCCGCUUUUAUAUAUAUAUAUAAAAAAAAAAAAAAGAUAUACUAUUUAGUUUUAAGUCUGCCUUUUUUUUCAGUUAAAUGUUAUCAUGGAAUGAAUCAAAUAUUUUAAAAAAAAAUCUGUUGUAUAUUUUAGCAUUUAUUUAUUACGAACAAAAUAUGGCAGUAACAAAUUUAAUAUAUGUAUCCAUAUAUAGUUGCAAAUUCUUAUUUUAUUUACUAUUAAUAUGCUGUGUAGAAC